AUGCCUCUUGCCCUAUUUUUGACCCUUCUAUUUCCAGCCGCCUUCCCACAGAACGGGGCGGUGUUGAACCCAGUGAGGUCUACCGGACGACGUCGCUCCCCCGGGCCGGCGCGCUCUGGCACCAUGCACGAUCUCGUGACCACACACUGUUCUUCCUCACAGGACCUCAGUCGCGUAUAUGAACAAGCUGCUCUUUUAUCUUUUGGUCAAGUUGCAUUCGGCGUCGCGCCAAGUGGGCCAUGGGAUGCGUUUAACAUAGCACCAAAAUCUAAAACGGUAUAUCCUCAAGCCAUUUAUACCGCCCAAGGAUCUGUCCAGAAUGCGAAUAACCUGGUUUCGAAAUCCGGUAGCACCACCUUCUCGGGAAAUGGGUCUUGGGUUGCCAUGGACUUUGGUGUCGAGGUUGGAGGACUCAUCUCUAUGAACUUUGACUCGGUUUCUUCUACUUCUGCUAUUUCUCUUGCGUUCACGGAAUCCCCGGUCUUUAUUCGUCCCUAUGCUUCAGACGAUUCUUCCUAUCCUGAUGCUACUACCACCUACGAUGGUGUUCUGAAUGUACCAGCGCCCAUUUCUACAGGCUAUUGGACACAGCCAGCCGUCGCCCUUCGUGGAGGCUAUCGUUACUUGAGCAUCGCAUCCACAUCCGACGAACCUAUUACUAUUUCGAAUGUUUCUUGCGCCAUAUCAUUCAUGCCACACGUGGAGGAUAUGUCACAGUACGCGGGAUAUUUCUAUGCACAGGAUCCUUUAUCGCAAGACGUUAACUUUCUGACAAAAUGCGCAUAUACAGUAGAGACAAAUAUCGUAGCUGUCAACACUGGAAGACAGGUACCCUUUGUAUCCAGCGGUUGGGCUAAUAACGCAACUCUUGGAGUUGCUGGACCUAUUAUAGUUGACGGAGCCAAACGUGACCGUGCUGUGUGGCCUGGCGACAUGGGCAUUGCUGUUCCAACCCAGUUUGUGUCGACUAACGACCUACUGCCUACUAAAAACGCGCUUUCAACAAUGUUUGCGGCUCAGAAUCCGACGACUGGAGCUUUGCCUGAAUCAGGGCCUCCCUUGAGCCAACAGGGAUCGGACACAUACUUGAUGUGGACCUUGAUCGGCACAUAUAAUUACUAUUUAUACUCAGGUGAUGCAGAUUGGUUGCAAACUAUUUGGACCAACUACACGAAAGCUGUUGCUUAUGUGGAAAGUAAAGUCGAUAGCUCAGGCCUGAUGAACAUCACAGGGUUGAGAGAUUGGGGAAGGUUAGGUCAAGGAGGGCACAAUGCAGAGGGCAACGCCAUAUUAUACAAGCUCUUGACUAACAGUGUUGAUCUUGCCACGUACACGAACAACACCGAACUUGCUUCUGCCUGGACAUAUAACGCAACGGCUCUCAAAGUCAAGUAUAACGAAGCAUUCUGGUUGCCUAGCGUUGGGAUGUAUCGUGAUAACGAAACAACAACUCUCACUCCUCAGGACGCUAACUCCUUUGCUGUCCUUUUCAAUGUCACCUCCACACAAGAGCAAGCAGAUUCUGUGAGCAAAGGUCUGCAGAAGAACUGGAACAGCUACGGAGCUAUUGCACCCGAACUCCCGGACAACAUUAGUCCUUUCAUCGGCGGUUUCGAAGUACAAGCACAUUUUGCUUCUGGAAAUGAUAAUGCCGCUAUGGAUCUCCUUAGACGAGAGUGGGGCUAUAUGCUUACCACAAACCUUAGUGUCCAGUCCACUUUAUUGGAAGGCUUUACAUCCAAUGGUUCUCUUUACUAUCGUUCCUACGAUGGCUAUAACUAUGAUCCUUCAUAUAUUAGCCAUUCCCACGGAUGGAGUUCUGGACCGACUUCUGCGCUUACAUUCUAUGUUCUCGGCCUGACUGUAACUUCCCCACAAGGUAAAACUUGGUUGGUGGCCCCUCAUCUGAGUGGACUUUCGUCAGCGGAAGGAGGCUUCGAGACUACUCUUGGUUCUUUCAAUGUGAAAUGGACAUUGGAAGGUAAAAUGUUAACGUUGCAGAUCAAUACUCCAGAAGGAACCUCUGGCACUGUACGCUUGCCUGCAUCCGGAACUGUGUCACUGAACAGUGAAAGCGUCACUACGGAUGCGACCACCGAUGAUCUUCCUUUGCUCACACUGAACGGUGGACAGCAGACGGUCAUUCUGCAAUUGUCAUGA